AUGGCCGCCUCGUCGUCAGCUGCCAUUCUGUGGAUUUCAACAGACUCGCCACGCAACGCGUCCGUGAGUCCCUGGAGGUUUUCCAGCCGAUACUGGAGCUGGUUCUUCUUGAUAAAGCGCAGGCGCUCUUUGUUCGCAUUUGGCCCAUUGGUCAACGCAGUAUUGGCUGCGUCAGUCGGCCCACCGCGCAGGAUAAAGAGAAAUACUAACCGUCCGGUCCGUAAAGCAGAUACGCCCUCAUAUUCUCGAACUGACAUGGUUAAAGGGGCACCGUGCCGAUCGACGGGAUUACCAACGUACGGAUGA